GGCUUCGGCGACCUGCGACGCGCGACGUGCGGCUGGAGUCGGCUACGAGGACGUCGGCGUGGGCUCAGUUGUGGCGCUGCGGCUGCGGCUCCUGCUCGGGGCGCGCGGCGGCGUCGUGCGGAUGGGGCUGUGCUUCCCUUGCCCCGGGGAGGCCGCGCCGCCGUCGCCGAGCCCGGAAGAGAAAAGAGCAAAACUUGCAGAGGCUGCAGAGAGAAGACAGAAGGAGGCUGCAUCUCGGGGGAUUUUAGAUGUUCGAUCUGUGGAAGAAAAGAGAAAGAAAAAGGAAAAACUAGAAAAACAGAUUGCUACGUCUGGGCCUCCCCCAGCAGGUGGCCUUAGAUGGACAGUUUCAUAAAGCAUGACAUGAAUGGAAGAGGCCACUGCCAGUCAUUGCCCAGCAUCUGCAAUCAAGUGGACAUCUUCUGUUUAGUUUCUCCUCCCUGGAUACACGAGUACACUUCUGUAACGUUAGUGCCCUCCAUUGCAGUACUAAAUCUAUGCCAAUAUUGGGAAAAAGGUUGAUUUUCAGACUUCGAAAAUGACCAGAUAGUUUAUUAAAUUCUCUUGUUUCUGCACUUUGCUGCAGGAAGUGAUUUAACAUUCUUUCAUAGUUAAAAUACCGAUCUAAAUAGCAUAUACAAAUGGUAUAUAAAAAUCUUGCAUACACUUCUAUUACCAAAAUUGCAAAUAAAUUCUCCUCCUUUAAAAUAUAUUAGCUAUUUAUAGGUGUACAUAGCCUUUUGUUUGACUUUUUUUCACCUAUGUAUGAAGACUUUUGCUUAAAGACUUAGUGCCUUUAAACUGAUCAUCAGGGAAAAUCUUAAAAAUUCAUUUGAAGGGCUUAUCUGAAGGAACACUAAACUUUUAUAACUUACUGGGUAAUAUUUGUAAAGCAAGUAUUGAAUUUCUCCUAAUUUGUUGUCUGUUUUUUUAUACCUUAUAAAAUUAACAUACUAUGUAUUACAAUACAAUAAAGGCUUUCUUUGUUGCAUUUAAAAUUACACAUAGGUGGACACCAUCAGAGGGCAUUGAUAUGCUAUUGUACAGUAACACAUUCGGCUCUCUAAAUAUCUGUGUGAUAAUUAAAUUAAUCUAAGAAUUUGGGUGAGUUACAGUGAGUGGUAAUAUAUUUGUCUAAAUUGCAUAAGCAUUUUUCUUUUUAUAUUUAUUAAAGAAUAGUUAUUAGAUUGGUACAGGCGUGAAAAUGCCAAAGCAAGUAUGAACAUCUGAAAGAUGUAGGGACUGUAUUUUAAAACAUAAUAAUAUUAGGAGGUAAUUCUAUAAGAUACAUAGACAUUUUAGAUUUUUAUCACAAAGUAUAUGCAUUUCAUGUAACAUUUACACUUUUGGUUUUUCCUUUUACUGUAUAAUGUGUUAAAAUAGAAGCACUGGUAUUAACUGUCAGAGAUUAUACUUCUUUGAAUGGCAAGGCCACAUAUGUGAGCCCUGAAUUAAAACUGCAGACACUAGAUGCCAACAGGAAUUAAAUUAAAAAGAGUAGCUCACAUAAUUUACAAAGAAAAACUGAGCCACUGUUCUCUCUCAACUCUCCCACGAAGGCUGUGUUAUAUUGCAAUGUACUGCACAUAUUUAUUUUAAAGCUGAACUAUAAUACAAGUCCCUCAGCUCUGUGUGUAUUAUAAAUUAUUUUUUCUACUGUGGUAUGAAGUACUCAGUGAUUAAGCAAAACAUAAAAUGAGUGUCCUUCAUUCUUUAGAGGAUCCGUGAUAUUUUUCAUAAAAGACUGUGAAAUCAUUGAGCUGCACUUUAUAGAUAAUUUUUUUUUUUUACUUUAUUAAGACGAUUAAAUUUCUUAAGAGAAGGAACAAGGAGAAGUAGUAGUUCUAAGGACCUAGAACCAGACCAUCCCUUCCUUGAAUUGUGCCCUCUGUGUCACGACAGCAAGAAUGACUAUUCCUUUACUGCAUCUUAAGGAGUUAGGAUGUGGAUUGUAUGCACAGGGAUAACGUCCUCUCUGACCACAGCUUAUAUCCCAGUAGCGUACUGCUGGAAUAUGAAUGCUUGGCACUCCUUGCUUUCUGGGAGAAGUGGGCUCCACGGCUCCCACUGAUCGUGGCAGCUUCCGUGGUCUGAGCAGCUUCAGAGCCACACAUGCUGCAGGCACUAAUCCACGGGUGACACGCACAUCUCAGCGGCAUUGUUAGGAAGGAGAUGGGCAAGGAUUUUGAAAACGAUGCUUGAGGAAGAAACAGUGAUCACUAAAACAAAAUGCAUGCACGUACAGAUACUUUCCUCAUAAAGUUAUGCAUUGGUAUGAAAACCUACAUUGGAGUGGAGUCCUCCAAUUAAGACUUUAAAUAAGAGAAGACCAUAAUGUUUGAUACCUCCCCCAGCUUCUCUGUCCAGAUUACUAAAACACCCAGCACAGCAAGAUGUGUAUAUGUUAACUGUGUUAAAAUACCAAUAUUAAACCUCAUCUUCAUUCUCAGCAUUAAACUAUUGCUAUGGCUGAUAAUAAAAAGCUGUUACACAGCUGCUUUGUGACACA